AUGGCUUUGCAGAAGUCCAAUAACGACUUGACUAAAGCUUACAAUCUUUUAUCGGAUAAUAAAGAACCUGUUCAUGAUGUUUUUGCUUCAGCGGCUACCGAAUGGAGUACAGAAGACCAUGAAGCUGGCCCUUCAAGCGAUAUUUUCCCAACAUCAUCAUUUAGAAAUAUGCGACGGGCUGUGAAAAGUGAUGAUUGUAGUAUAUUUGCUAAUGAGAUUUCAAUUGUGCGCUGCAUCGAGGCAUCAAAGGGUUUGCUCAUCAAUAAUGUAUUUGAUCCUGUAUGUAGUGAAUUUGUGGACGUUUAUCUCCCAAAGUGCAUCUCAAUGCAUGUCAAUCCGCCUGAGCAUCUGUUCCUCAACGAUGACAUCCUCGGUCAAAGUGUCCAUUUUUCUAAGGAAGUUGCUCAAUUAAUACCUAUCAGGUUAUCGAAACUGCCUGUAUCAAGCUCGUUGUGCCAUGCAAUGACUGAUCUGUUCAACCCUCGUAAUAAGAUGUUUUGUGCAUACCGUCGUCUUUCACCUUCGGAAGUGCAGAACCGUUCUUUCGAUAUCCAGGUAUCUUAUUGUGAUAUUAGAAAAACGAUGAAUGGCAAAGAGCACACACAUAGGUUGCUACAAGAAUUGAUUGAUCUCUUCGUAUCGUCGUCAGGAUUUUCAAAUGUAAACGAACUUUUGCGAAAUCAUCGUGAUAUUUUGACACCAAAGGACGUUUUUGUCCUGCUCUCAGCGUUAGAUUGCAUGCGGAAUUUUCUUGAUGGAGCUAAAAUGCGUCACAUAUUGCUUUCUCUUGUGGAAGGAUCGCUUGAUAUUAUCAAUGAAGUGCCUGAAAAGUCAAUCCGUGACUCGUGGGAUUCGACAAGAUGGAAUUGGAGUUUCUGGAACGCAAGCACUUUUUCAUGUAAUCAUGGUUUACUGAAAUUCUUCUUACGCUGUAUUACAUGUAAUCAACUUGAUGCAAAAGUCUUCGCAUUUCAUGAGCGUAGGGAAGUUGGCUGUAAAAACUCGGUCAUGUCCAAGUGUUCUUUGAUAUCAAUUUGUUCAACUCAUGGCUCAAAGAGAAUAAUAUUCUCAAGCAUGCUGACCUACCUGGAGAAGAUCAGACCGAUAUUAUCGUACAUGACGUCGGAAAUGUCAGCUAGUGAUUUAUCGGGUGUUUGGUCACUGCGGAAGGGUAGAAUGGGAGUGUCAGCUGAUAACUUCUCCACGAUUCUUGUUCAAAUUGGGAAAGGUCUCAAUUGCGAGCAGAUUGGCUGGCUGGAACAGUUGUUUAUUAAGUGCUUUCACGCUAACGAAACAAGGAUGUAUGAUCGUAUUUUUCUCUGCUGUAGGGAUAUUGGUAUAUAUUCGGAAUAUCCUCAAAUUGCUGAAAAGAUGCUCUCAAUUAUGUGGAACCUCAUUGGACUCGCUCGAAAAAAGAAUUUCUUGACAACGAAUGCUGUCAAAUGGUUCAUUGAGCUAGUUUCUAAUAAGAAGGACUGCUUAUCAAGAUGCUUAUAUCAGAAAAUGUCUCGACACGCUAACUGUUCAAACGACGAUCACUUUCCCACCUCAUGCCUUGUUAUAUUGCGUGAAUUGCUAGAAAUGUCUUCAAAUAUAGUUUCUCAGGCGAGAAAUUGCAGACCAAGCUCUAGAGGCUUCAGGAGUCGCGAUCAGUGGGGCGAUCUUUCUCGUCUGGAAUCGAAUCUCGAAGAAGUUAAAUCACUUCUUCGUGAUGUAGACUUUGUAAAGACCCUAUAUGAGAAAUUGGCAUCGUGUAAAGAACUAGCUCGAAAGUUGGCGAAAGAUGAGUCGGAAAACUUUGAACAAUUGGCUGCGGUAGUAAUAUCAGAUGGUUGUUCAUACUCGUUCGCGGUUAAGAACAUACUCGACGUUCUGAAAUGGCUCUUUUUAAAUCAGGUGGUUGAAUUUUCGACUGAAAUCUGUAAUUAUCUUUGGGAGACGUUAUCAUCAGGUGGCAGUGAUCACUCGUCAGAGACUAAAUGUUUGUGCCACCUCAUGGAUUCCAACGAGGACAGACGGUUUCGUGAUAAGGCUAGCGCUCGGUGUCUUGAGUACAUGUGGGAACUAUUGGAAGUAGCGGAAAACAAGGCAAUAGUUCGUGAAGUGAUGCAAAAACUCAUUGAAUUUGCCAGCCGCAAUAGUGACUGCUCACAGUAUCGGUUGUUUCUCACUACAUGCUACCACCGACUGGAUAAUUUACGAACUUCGGAACCGCGAGAACUUGAAGAUCAACGAAACACUUGUCGCCAAGAUGAAUCGGAAUGCAAAGAAGAUGCCGCUCAAGCGAAAACUUCUCAAGACACACUCUGCGAGACAUUGUUCUCAAAUGGUUCCUCAUCACCUGUCAAUCGUUCGACGGCAGAACUUUCCCCAAUUCUGUUACUUCGUGGUAUAGAUCGCCUUCUGCAGCUUAUAGCCAUAUUUGUAGAGUCUGAGGACAAUUUAUUCUUUAUGCCAAGGCAUUACCCACCUCAUGGCGGACUGGUCCCUGGCCGCCCGCUACGCAUUUAUUGCCGUAUUGAAGAUGAUCCAUCUGACGAAAAUUCUCUUAUGUUUCGUACCAAUUCUCAUGAAACCAUUGGGCAAUUUCGAUCUCGUCUCUCCAACAGGUUACACUUUAGAUCAAUUGGAAUAUAUAGAAUUUACGUGCAGAAGGGAGAAAAAUCAGUAGAAGUUCCGUGCUCUCAUGAAUGGAAGACCCUUGAACAGGUUGGUCUGGCAUCAUAUCGUGAUGGUAUUUGCGAGACGGAAGAUAUCGACAUAUCCAUUCGAUGUCCACGUUUGAGCGUUUCUUCUGUGAAGUGCGAUACCGGAAAAUUUAUCUCCGAAAAGCAGCUGCCUGGCGUCAUAGUUCAUGAGACUAGCGGCGUCUUCGAAAUGUUGCAUGAACUCCAAGGAAUCGCAGAUUUGGAAAUACAAAAGUCUUGCCGUCGGAUUCUUUCUCUGAUCCCUGUCGACCCUUCGGUACUAUCUGCUUUUGCUGUUGAAGAGUCGCCGCCAAAAAGUGGGCAUGGGGUAUUCAACGAUUCGGCUAUCAUCGAGAAACUCCUGAACCCUUCUGAUCCAUAUAGGUUGUUGUACACGUUGGAGGUGCUCUGUGGUCUGCUGGUACCAACAUGUGCAAGCAAGAUCACAGUAGCUACUUCUAAUCGGCUUGCUCGUGCUCUUCUGCAGUCAAACGUGUACAAACACCUAUUGAAGCUGCUCGCUCUUCCACAUCUGAUCGCUCCCAUUACACCCUCGGACCGCACUCGGAUGUUUGAGCUACUCACCGUUCUACUGCUUGGGCAAUCAGUUUUGUCGAGCGCCAUAAUGCAUGAAGAGCAAUGUUUGUCGGAUCUGCAGAACUUCAAAAAAUCGGAGCGAAGGAAAGACCCACUUUACGAAGAUUUGUCUACCUUAGCCAUUGACAGUUCUUCGGCUGUUGCGAACUUUGGCAGUGAUGAAUUCCUGAGUUUAAUUACCGUAUUUCGUGAUGCAGUCUGGCGUGGUGCGGCAGGAUGGUUGUUGUAUUCGAUUCGACUUCCCAUAUAUCCGGAAUAUUUUGGCAUAGUACCCAAAGGAUGUAGAUCACCGAAUAACUGUGAAACACCAGAGAACGUGUGGAUCGAACUCCCAAUUUAUAAGGUUCCGGAUGCCCCCUCUGCGUCUCAAUCAAUCCGUGCAGGACACGCCCUAGCUCUUGAUGAUCGCAGUGAAGCCUUGACGAACGAUAUACUUAUGUUGAUGGCUCGAUGUGUAGCCACUCGUUUGAACUCGUCGGGGGUGGAUCAGGCAACAAAAGAGUAUCUACUGACGUUAUACACGACUGACUCGUGGCGUGAAUUCUGGAUGGAUAUUCUUCUAAAUACAGUAACCAUCCGACUCCGACGACAUGCAAGAGAUGCGCUCAUGAGUAUAGCCCGUUGUCUUUCGUGCGAAAGUAGCCUUUGUCCAUUUUUGCAUAUGCUUUUUGAAACGAUCGAGAGAGCACCUUUUGCUGGAGAACGUCUAAAGAAAGCUGAUGAGCUGGGUCAUCGCCAACUGGCAAACAGCCUUGAAAUGUAUCUGUGUCUGGCUUCUAUUUUGGAAUAUAAUCGAAUGAACACUGAAGAAGAUAUUCUCAACGUUUGGCGUAUGAUCAAACGGGAUCCAGUCCAGAUUGCUUGGGAGACGUUCGAAUUUAUGACCGCCACGGACUCCGGUUCCGUCGUUGAGGGCACCAAUGCGGAUUUUAUAUUUGCGAAACUGCGGGUUCUUAGAGCAGUACUCGGGUACACCAACUCGGAAGCACGUAAGAAGAUGGGUGACAUGUUCAUAAUUCCUAUGCUAAGCCGCUGCGUGUUUACACAAGUAACGAAUGAAGCCUUUGGGAGCACCGUUUGGGAAGGAAAAAAUCCGUUGUUGGCUCUGGAGGUGCUCGCCGAUUUAACCGAAUCUUGUCCGGGUAAUGCUGUUCGAUUGAUCGAAUGGCUGGGAAUUUAUUUCGGUAAACCGCGGGAGUUGGAAUGGGAAUAUAGGCCAAUAUUGGAACCUCGCGUUUUGGAUCACGUCGGACUUCAGAACGGUGGUGGCACUUGUUACAUGAAUAGCGUGCUGCAGCAACUGUUCGCCAUUCCUGGACUUGCCAACCACCUUCUCUCCAUUAACGUUUCAAACGAUUGCAACAGUGAAAAUAAUCAGUUGCUGUUAGCUCUUCAGUCGGUGUUUGCUCGACUGACGAUGACUCGUUCUCGCCUCUACGUCCCUCGCGAAAUGUGGGAAACGUUUCGGUUUUCUGGAGCAGAUAGGUUGGACACCCGUCAGCAGCAUGAUGCGGUUGAUUUCUUCACCGAGUUGAUUGAUCGAGUGGAUUCGGCCUUGGAA